AUGGCCAUCCCACGCUCCUCCUACUACGACCGGAACUACCGCCAGGCGCCCGCCCUGAUCCGCGCCCGCCAGCCCUACCUGGUUAAAAACAUCGUCACCGGCGCUGCAAUCUUCAGCUUCGCAAUUGGCGUUUACGCCUUCACUAUCCGCGCCGUUGCCCAGGACGAGUUCGAAGACGUCAAGGUCCCCGACCAGCCCGCCCGCCCGCCGAACGCCAGCGCAUGA